CGUGGCUGCAUGUGGGAACAUGAACAAGUGACAAGUGAAGUGAUGUGAUAACGGCAGUCUAUCUCAACAUUCACAUGACCAGCUUUAGAUCUAAUGGCUGAUAAAGAAGUUAGCAAUAUAAGCAGUCCAGUGGCUGCUGCUCCUGAAGUGUACACAACUCCACCUCCUCAACCAAAAGAUAAGAAACCAGGUCAAUUGUCUCCUGAACAAGUCAAGCAAUACUUUAAUGAUGGGUUUCUGGUUGUACCUUCUUUCUUUACUAAGGAAGAAUUGAAACCAGUAAUGGAUGCUAUUGAAGAAUGUGUGGAUGUACUGGCUAGUAAUCUUUACAGAGGAGGCAAGAUAAAGGACAAGGCUGAGAGUGCUGGAUUGUACAAGAGGCUCAUCUUGCUUGAAGCUCAAUUCCCUGGAGCAGCCGUACUUUUGCACAGGCAGCGAUACCUGCCAGUCGCAUUUAGAAACCUUUGGUCUAAUGAUCGUCUCCUCAAUGUUAUGGAGCAGCUUGUUGGUCCUAAUGUUGCUGGUCAUCCUGUAUGGAAUAUACGUACUAAAACACCAGUAAAUGAAGAGACGACAGUACCCUGGCAUCAAGACAAUGCAUACCUUGAUGAGACAUGCCUCACUACACUUCAGCCCACAGCUUGGAUACCACUUAUUGACGCCAAUAUGACCAAUGGUUGCAUGCAAGUGGUCAAAGGAGGACAUCGAGCUGGUAAGACUGCUACUCAUACCUGCUGUGCUGGAGGCACUUGGUAUGUUGAUUUAGCUGAGGAAGAGAUAGAGAAAACUCUUGGAGUCAACAUGAAGACUGACGUGGUCACUUGUGAAGUACCUUUGGGUGGAGUCCUCUUCCUCAAUAACACUGUCCCUCACAGAAGUCUUGAAAACUUCUCUGAAAACGUUCGUUGGAGUCUUGACCUUCGUUGGCAAGAUCCUAAAAAAUCUAAUGGCUUUCACGGGUUGAGGGAUUGUGUGCUGAUGCGAUCAGUAGAUAGUCCUAAUCACGUAAUUAAUUGGGAAGGAUUUGGAAUAUUGGAUCGCAAGGAGCUAGAAAUAGAUAUUGAGGAUCAAAAGGAUGCAUUUGACACGAGGAUACACGGUCCAUGGAUGAAGAGAUGGGAAAUAACUCAUUCAAACCGGCAUACCGAUGCUUUUCUAGCCGGUGGAGAUACCUGGUACUCAAAAACAGAUUGAUAAUUUUAUUUUUCUAUAUUUAUAUAAGGACAGGACUAUUGUGUGAUAUAGUUUGAGUGUGUGAUGUAAAUAGUUUGAGGUUUGAGUGACAAUAAUAAUAAAUAUUUGUUUGCAAAUUUUCUAAAUAUAUCUAGCCACGCCUA